CUAGAGCUUUCAUCAUGUAAUCUGUAAUCAGUAACAGACUACAAUUUAUUAGUCAUCUACCCAGCACUGCCUAUCAUUGGAUGUUGGCAGGUCAUGUGACUCAUCAGUAUCAGCUCCUGCCAGCCCGCUGAAGAUUGAACCCAUAUUCCUUUUAGAAAACAGAUUCAACAGUGUGAUCAUGAAGGAACUGUACAUCAGUCCUGCAGUACAAGUGUAGUAAUUAUGAUGCACUAUUUUUGCAGUUUUUAAAGCUGUUGUUCUGCUUCUCUGUAACUUGUAUUCUUUGUGUGUCUGCUGAAACUGACAUCUAGUAGAUAUUUCAUGCUUUACAGACUCACAGACACGCCUGUUUUACACACGUGACUCAAACAGAGAACCAGGAAACAGGAAUCACAUGAGUUCAGAGAAAGAGAAACUGAAGUGCAGCUGAGCUGUCGUGUGUUUGUGUCUCUGUAUUCAUGCAGUAAAAUGGCAGAAGCCAGAUUUUCUCAGGAUGAGCUUUCGUGUCCAGUGUGUCUGGAUCUCCUGAAGGAUCCAGUGACCAUCCAGUGUGGACACAGUUACUGUAAGAGAUGUAUUACAGGCUGCUGGGAUCAGGAGGACCAAAUGAGAGUCUACAGCUGCCCUCAGUGCAGACAGACCUUCAGUCCAAGACCUGCUUUAGCUAGAAACACCAUGCUGGCUGAACUGGUGGAUAAACUGAAGAAGACCAAACUUACUGCUGACUGUGACGCUGGAGCUGGAGAUGUGCAGUGUGACGUCUGUACUGGAGGAAAAUAUAAAGCCGCCAAGUCAUGUCUGAUGCUGAACUCUUACUGUCAGAAUCACCUUGAACAGCAUGAGAGUUGGUUUAGAGCAAAGAGACACAAUUUGAUUGAAGCCACUGGACGACUGCAGGAGAUGAUCUGCCAGAAACAUGAGAAGCUUCUUGAGGUUUUCUGUCGCACUGAUCAGAAAUGUAUUUGUGUGCUGUGUACGAUGGAUGAACAUAAAAACCACGACACUGUAUCAGCUGCAGCACAGAGGACAGAGAAACAGAAGCAGCUGAAGAAGACACAGAAGACGUUCCAGCAGAGAAUCCAGCAGAGAGAGAAAGAUCUCCAGCAGCUGAGAGAGACUGUGGAGUCUCAUAAGCGCUCUGCACAGACAGCAGUGGAGGACAGUGAGAGGAUCUUUACUGAGCUCAUCCGCUCCAUUGAGAGAAGCCGCUCUGAGCUGAUACGACUGAUCAGAGAUCAGGAAAAGGCUGCAGUGAGUCGAGCUGAAGGACGACUGGAACGACUGGAGCAGGAGAUCAAUGACCUGAGGAGGAGAGACGCUGAGCUGGAGCAGCUUUCACACACACAGGAUCACAUCCAGUUCCUGCAGAGUUUCCAGUCUCUCUCAGCACCUCCUGAAUCUACAGACUUAAAUGAUGAUCUCUUCAGUUCUCUCGUCUCUUUUGAUGAUCUGAGAGAAUCUGUCCAUCAGCUGAGAGACAAACUGGAGGAUUUCUGCAAAGAGGAGCUCAAGAAGAUCUCAGACAGAGAAACACUCACCAACAUUGUUCCCAGAACCAGGGAGGACUUCCUACAAUAUUCCCGUCAGCUCACUCUGGAUCUGAACACAGUGAAUAAACUCCUCCGUCUGUCUGAGAGCAACAGAGUGAUUACUUACACUGGCACAGAGCAGUCGUAUCCUGAUCAUCCAGACAGAUUUGAUAAUUAUCUUCAGGUGUUGUGUAGAGAGAGUGUGUGUGGACGCCGUUACUGGGAGCUGGAGUGGAGUGGGAGACAAGUGUUUAUAUCAGUGUCAUAUAAGAGCAUCAGCAGGAAGGGAUCAGCUAAAGAGUGUUUGUUUGGAUAUAAUGAUCAGUCCUGGAGUUUGUUCUGUACUCCCUCCAGUUACUCAUUCAUUCACAAUAACAUAAAGACUGUUCUCCCUGUGAAGUCCAUCAGCAGUAGAAUAGGAGUGUUUGUGGAUCACAGUGCAGGAAUUCUGUCCUUCUACAGUGUCUCUGACACAAUGAGCCUCAUCCACACAGUCCAGACCACAUUCACUCAGCCGCUCUAUCCUGGGUUUACUGUUUUGUCUGGAUCAGUGAAACUGUGUUGA